AUGGCCGGUUUCGCUGGAAACAAGGGCACUUUUCUUGUUGGCCCCAUGUGGUCUGUACCGAUUGCUACGCCAAGUAAAUGUGGCGUGGCGAUGCUGUGGCAAAACGUCGACGAUGUGUUAGACUAUGUGUUUCUAGCUGUCUUGACGGCCGCCUGUAUUGUCCAUAAUGGUUUACGAUUAAGUCCAUGUCGGAUGGAGAUUAAGAGGAAGGAUUCACAUGAAUAG